GGGGACUGGCGUAGUCCCAGUGAAGUCCAUGUGUAAUCCUCAGGAAGUCCCAGUUCAGGUCCUGUUUUAGACCUGGUUUAGUCCUGGAUUUGUCCCUGGUGUUGACCACAGUGAGAUAUGGUCCAAGAAACUGCACUUCAACAAGAGACGAGCACUGACCCUGAGAUGUUGGACGUGCUGAUCAUCGGGUCGGGGCCUCACGCUCUGACCCUGUCCACUCUGCUGACCGGCCCAGACUCCUGCCCUCGCACUGGCCCCACGCCGCCGCAGUGUCCCCCGGGUUUAGAACCGGGGUUCAGACUCUACAAGACAAAGAGCCGGAGGAGGAGCCGGACGACACCAGGGGGCGCGGUGGAGGCUCCAGGUCCAGAGGCUCCAGGUCCAGAGGCUCGAGGUCCAGAGGCUCCAGGUCCAGAGGCUCCAGAGGCUCCAGAGGCUCCAGGUCCAGAGGCUCCAGGUCCAGAGGCUCCAGAGGCUCCAGGUCCAGAGGCUCCAGAGGCUCCAGAGGCUCCAGAGGCUCCAGAGGCUCCAGAGGCUCCAGAGGCUCCAGAGGCUCCAGGCCGCACAGACGCCUCGCCCCGUCCCAGGAUGAGGCUCUCGGUGGUGGACUCGUACGGUCGCUGGGCCGCUCUGUGGGAGGGGCAGUUUGUGGCUCUCAACAUCCCUCACCUCCGCUCCCACACUCUGGUGCACAGCGACCCCUUCAGCAAGACGGCGUUCCAGGACUUCGUGGCGGAGUCGGGGCGUUCCUCGGAGCUGCACGCGCUCCCCGAUCACGUUUACAUUCUGGACCAAAACGCCUAUUUCAACGACAUGAGGCUCGGGAAGAAGGAGCGGCGGCGUUUGAGGGCGUCGUCCAGCCUGAAGACGACCCCGGGCUUCAGUCUCCCCGGGACACGACUCAGCCUGGACUUUUUCCACCACCAGGUGGAACGUUAUCACCUCGACUCUCUGCUCGUAAAAGGCACAGUGGAGUCUAUCGUCCCGGUGAUGGAGCAGGAGCAGCCACCAUGGGCUCGGAGGAGGGUCCAGUACUUCCGGGUCGGACUCCAGGACGGCGCCGAGCUCAGGGCCCGCCGCGUCGUCAUGGCAACGGGACCGACGCGAGCGCAGAUGGCCAAUAUCCCGUCCUGGGUGUCUGCGAUCGGAGAGAGUUACCCAGAGGGGGCGCUACAGCACACCGUCAAGCUAAUGCAUCACCUGCCUCUGAGUCAGACGUCACAAACACAAGGUCCGUGUGUCGUGUGCGCCGAGGGUCAGAGGGUCAUGGUCGUGGGGGGAGGUCUGACCAGUGCACAUGUAGUGUCCAUCGCUCUCCAGCAGGGGGCCAGCCACGUCACCUGGGUCAUGAGGAAGUACCUGCAGUUGAAGCAGUUCGACGUGGGUGAUGUGGAGAGCCUGGUGGGACGCUACGCCCACGUGGAGCACGGCAUCCAGAUGGACGGCAGAGCUUUUCUCCAUCAGUUUUACAACGAGAAAAGCCUCCACAGACGACUGGCCAUGAUCCGACAGGCGAGGAAAGGGGGCGCCGUCACGCCCGAGGCCUACACCCACCUACAGCCCUUCAUCCAGGAGGGGAGGGUGGAGCUCAGGACAUACUGCGAGGUGAACGAGGCCAGGUGGUGCUACAGGACUCAGGCGUGGUCGCUCUGCCUCUCCACCGGGGGGCAGUGGAGGGGUCAUGUGAUCUGGCUCGCCACCGGCUGCAAACUGGACGUCAAAGAAGACCCUCUGCUGCGGGACGUCAUCAGAGAGUUCCCCCUUCAGGUGCUGGACGGCUGGCCCUGUGUCUCUGAGAGUCUGCAGUGGGCCGAGGGCUGUCCUCUGUAUCUGAUGGGACAGUACACGGCUCUGCAGAUCGGGCCUCAUGCUGUGAACUUGGCUGGAGGACAAGCGGCGAGUCACAGAAUCGCUAAACACAUUCGGCAUCAGCUCCGACAAAAACACCGAGAUCGUCCAGACGACGCGAGUCCAGAGGGGGGCGCCAGAUCCAAGACUGAGGAGUACGUUCUCCAGAUGCACGGACUCCUCUGGCUCUAGUCCGUCCUUCCGCCUCCGAUCGGACCAGACGGGACCUGAUCCCUCUGAAGACUGUAGCCACGGGACUUUCGGCUCCUUUGUGGGAUCCGAAUCUUUCAUUUCAAAGAGCCG